GAGUAUGGUUUCAAAAACAGAGCUCUUACCUGUUUACAAGACAGUGUUUUUAUUUACCAUAAAUCUAAAUAUUUCCCAGCUACUUUUUUUAGUUGAAUCCUAACAUUUUUGACAUGUAAAUAUUAUUGUAGAUAUUCAAAAAAACAAUUGAUAUAAAUUUUCAUGUUGAGCAUAUUUGAACGAGUGUAAAAUGUUUUUUACGUGAAUAAAUCAGCUGGGGCCGAGUAAGCGUUAGCAGAACACAUCUCAUUGCUUCGCAAUUGAAUUGCGCCAAAAGCAUUUAUGAAUCGAAAUCUUGUACUAUUAUAAUUUUUAUAAACAAGUCCUGGAAAAUCAACACUAUGGACAAAUUAACAGUUAUUUCAGGAACAUUGUUUCUUGCCGCAGAUAUAUUUGCUAUAGCUAGUCUUUCUAUGCCAGAUUGGAUUAUUACCGAUAUAGGCGGAGACACUAGACUAGGAUUAAUGUGGUCAUGCAUGACUUUAUAUAACAGACCUCAAGUAUGUUAUACACCAGAUCUACAACCUGAAUGGUUAAUUGCGCUGGCUUGUAUAUUUGUGGGAUGUAUUUUAAUAACCGUCACCAUAAUUUUACUCGUUUGCUCACAUUGGGACCGCCAUGUGAUCCCUUACGCGCGAUGGGUUGGAUUCACAGCAAUGGUUCUAUUUUGCUUAGCAGCAGUGAUAUUCCCAAUGGGUUUCCAUGUGGAUGAGAUUGGGGGCCAACCAUACCAAUUACCCAACUCUCAUCAAGUUGGAAUUUCUUAUAUUUUGUUUGUAUUAGCAUUGUGGAUAACGGUAAUAUCUGAAUUAUUUGCUGGCAAAGUAUGUUUGCCUCACUUCUGAUAAUUUACUUGUUUUAAAUUGUAUAAAAAUUAUUUUUGUUUUCAGUAAUAAAUAAAAUUGUUAUAUUAUGUUA